AUGAGGCUUAAAACGUAUGCGUCCAGGCGGUUUAGCGGCUUUGUGACACUGGACGCCCAGAGUCUUGCUCAAGCCGGCCCCGAAAGCAUGAGUCAGUACCCCCGCUCCGGCCUCAGAGGCACCCAAGCACGUGGCACAAGCAAGUACAGCACGAAGCAGACCAAGAUCGAGAUGUUCUCGGGCGACGUGAAGGAGGUCUUCCUCGACGCUGGCGCCGGGGACUGGUUGAGGCGCCUGAGCAUACAGAUCCGACUGGGAGAAAUGGUCGACGCCUCGCACCUCGAGGGCACGGCACUAACCUGGUUCACGAGACGAUUCGACGCACUGCAACGGAUGACGUUUGAGGAACUAAGCACUGCACUGCGCGAGAAGUUCCGCUGUCCGCUUGACCGCUUUGCCCACCGUUUGAACGUGAUAGCAGCAACAGUCAACAACGGAGAGGAGAGCAAGGCGACUGUGGAGGACGCCCUUCCGAAGACCCCUGACGUGAGAUGGAUAAGGCUGUCGAGUACCUCACGAAGGUUGCCGGACGUGACGGAAGGCAGCGACUCGAGCUCAACCAACACGAUCGACGAAACGUAUGACACGGACUCGGACGACGAAAACGGCACCGAAAACAGCAGCAACGAGACACGCAACGGCGACGACAGUGAAGACAACCGCCGACCAACAAAAACCCGACGACUCAACUCAGAAACAGCGCAAGUUGCCCAAGACAUACAAAGUGGACUCGCGUGA